UGCCGAUGUUUACCCGCGAUAUUAAUGUGGAUGGUUUCGGCGCGCUGAACAUUCACUAUGUUCACAAGAAGAGCAAAACUGUUGACGCCAUUCCGCUGUUGUUUUGCCAUGGAUGGCCUGGAAGUUUCUUAGAAAUCAGGCCAGUGUUGUCCCUCUUGACUGCGUCGUCCCCGGAGCAUCCUAGCUUCCAUGUCGUAGCGCUUAGCUUGCCCGGCUUUGGUCUUGAUCAAUAUGCUGAGGUAACUCACAAACUCAUGAUCGCUCUCGGGUACAACGAGUAUGUGACCCAAGGAGGCGACUGGGGUUUUCUCAUCACUCGGAGAAUGGCCGCCAAGUAUGGUGGAAAACAUUGCAAGGCGUGGCCACACCAACUUUCCAAUGCAGGACUUGAGCGCACCGCGUGGUAUCGCAACAAAUCAUCCGGCUACUUUGUUGAGCAGAGCACCUUCCCGCAGACGCUCGCCUACGGUUUUACUGAUAGCCCCGUUGCUCUGCUUGGUUGGUUUUACGAAAAACUGGUCAUCUGGACCGAUGACUACAAGUGGACUGAUGACGAAGCUCUGACGUGGAUCUCCAUAUACUGGUUCUCCCGUGCUGGGCCCGGCGCUGCCCAUCGCAUUUACUCUGAGGUGUCUGGCGAUUUCUACGAUCUAGGUCGUACUAGUUACCCUACUAUUCCUAUGGGAGCGUCGUAUUUCCCACAAGAGCUCCUUCUUUUACCCUCAGCGUGGCUGCGCAGGUUGAACAACGUUGUGAUCGAGUCCCAUCACAAGUCAGGAGGCCAUUUCGCUGCCUAUGAACGGCCGAAAGAGCUUGUUGAUGAUGUGCGGAAGAUGUUCGCGAAGGGGGGGCCCGCAUUCGCAAUCGUCCCUGGAAGAAGUGGAUAUGCUUGAA